CAGGCCAAUGGCGAGAGGGUGGAGGAAGCGCAAGCGGAGAGUGAGAAAGAUAAGGAGCAGUGAGCAUGAGCGGCAGGACUGCGCGCACCGCCUCUGUGCACAAUCCCUACCCCAGAGUCUGGCUGCAGCAACGACCGCACUCCUCUUAACCGGCCCUCCUCUGUGGAUAUAACCAAGGACUGACUCCCUGCCUCCCCACCCUUGCAACAACAAAAAAACAAAAAAUCCAAGGGGAAAAGCAAACAAACAAAAACUUUUGCACAAUAACAAGAAAUGGGAGACAUGGGAGAUACACCCAAAAAAAAGCGCCUUAUUUCACUGUGUGUCGGUUGUGGGAAUCAGAUUCAUGAUCAGUAUAUUCUUCGCGUAUCUCCGGAUCUGGAAUGGCAUGCCGCUUGUCUAAAGUGUGCAGAGUGCAAUCAGUAUUUGGACGAAACCUGUACCUGCUUCGUUAGGGAUGGCAAAACAUACUGCAAGAGAGACUAUAUUCGAUUAUACGGAACUAAAUGUGCAAAGUGUAAUAUAGGAUUCAGUAAGAAUGACUUUGUGAUGAGAGCGCGCAAUAAAGUCUAUCACAUCGACUGCUUCCGCUGUGUGGCGUGCAGUCGCCAGCUCAUCCCCGGUGAUGAAUUCGCGUUGCGGGAAGACGGACUCUUCUGCCGGGCUGACCACGACGUUGUGGAGCGAGCAUCGGUUGGCCCAGACCCACUAAGCCCCAUGCACGGCAACAGACCUUUACAGAUGGCGGCAGAGCCCAUUUCUGUCCGACAGCCAGCUCUGAGGCCACACGUUCACAAGCAGCCUGAGAAGACGACGCGAGUACGGACAGUUCUGAACGAGAAGCAACUCCACACGUUACGGACUUGUUAUGCAGCCAAUCCCCGGCCCGAUGCGCUCAUGAAGGAGCAGCUCGUGGAAAUGACAAGCUUGAGCCCCCGUGUCAUUAGAGUCUGGUUUCAAAACAAGCGCUGUAAAGACAAAAAAAGGAGUGUGCUCAUGAAACAAUUGCAGCAACAGCAACCCAACGACAAAACAAAUAUCCAGGGGAUGACAGGAACCCCCAUGGUAGCAGCCAGUCCAGAGAGGCAUGAUAGCAGUUUGCAAGCCAAUCCAGUGGAGGUGCAGAGUUACCAACCGCCUUGGAAAGUUUUGAGUGACUUCGCUUUGCAGAGUGAUAUAGAACAGCCUGCAUUUCAGCAACUGGUGAGUGCCAGCAACAUGCAGAACACCAUCACCACCACCACAAUACAGACUUUACCAGACCUCACUGCAAUCAGGGGAACUACCACACACCAAUCCAUAUAUAGACAAUUCAUGGAUAUAAAAAUUGCAGAAUCCCUCUUUUGCCAGCCUUAGUAUUUUGAUUUUGACGACCAUCAAGAACGUAGGGAGAAACUAUUUUGUUUACUUGAGCUUUCUCCCACAGAUCCAAGUAGUUUGUGUUUAACAUAAUACCCUGGAGAUGACUGUUGAUGUCUGAAACAGAAACUCUUUCAUUUUAUUCAAAUUGUUGUUAAAAAGCAAUUUAAAUGAAGUGUUUCAGAUUCAAAACACUACUGAUCAUGUUAAUGAUAACAGGUGAUCAUAGGAUUAUAGAAAGGACACAUGAACCAUGAGCUAAGCUGAUUUCAGUUUAAAAUACCAUUCAUGGCAAUAAACAAAAUGGAUGCUGUUUCAAUGUUGUUUCAGCUUUAGCUUCAGUGUUAUUAAAAAUGGGUUAAUUUAUCAUCAUAACCUCCAUCCACUGGCCUAAUGGGUAAUGAAAGACAAAGUUGAAAUGACCUUAUUUCACCUAACUCUCCUGUAAAGGUGAAUGUAAGGUGUCUAGCUUUAUAAGCUCUCAUUGAUGUCAGAGUUUUGUCCUUGAAUAAUUUGGUGUGAUUUAAUUCUCUAGCAUAUAUAUAGCUAUUUUACAUUUUUAAGGCAUUGCAAAGCCACAAUUACUACAUUGAGUUGAAGUUAAAUCUAAAUUGUGGUUCCCUGUGGUACAUACCUUAAACAUAUUUUAGAUACUUAAGUAAAAUAUUGGUAUAAAUAUGUAUGCAAACUGCAUGUAUUGUACAAAUAAAAUGUCUCAACUUUGUAAACCUAUUUCAGUUUAUCCGUUUCAGGUCAAUGGCAGAUUCAUUGCAAGGUGUCCCAAACAAAUGAUAAACAUAUGUCUUGCUUUAUUUUCUUGGGAAUACCUUUGAGUCAUAUAUUUUUAGAUACUUAGUGGCAGGAAACAUCAUUCUCUUGUUUCAAAUUACAAAGAAAGUGUGGUGCUCAAGAGUUAAACAACUCUGUGAUGUCUUGCAAUAAAUAAUAAAUUGCUGGAAAAUAUUUUAGCUGAAAAUGUACUUUUGGAGAGAAACUGUACAAUUAACACCAUUAAAUGAUGUUACACUGGGAUUUACGAAAAGGCCUACCUGUGCUUUGCUAUGAGACCUUGAAUAUUUACAAAGGCAUUGUUUUAAUUUUAGUGAUAUACGGCACUUUAGGUAACUUGGCAGAAAGCACUUUAUGUUUUUAAUGUAAUUUGUCAUUAAUGAUAAUAUUAAUGCAAAACCACUGUACAGCCAUAGUUACAAAAAAUAUAUAUUUUUAAUGAAUGUAAUUUUCAGAUAUUUGUGUCUUUGGAUUAAUGUCACAUUUUAAGGAGGCCAGAGAUUAUUGAUUUGCUAUGAUUUUUACAGGUUAAUUUUUCAGAGGGAGGGCCAGGUUCUAACUCCACUGGAAGUGAAGUAGCGUCUAUGUCCUCCCAACUCCCUGACACACCAAACAGCAUGGUAGCGAGUCCUAUAGAGGCAUGAGG